AUUUGACAAAAACCUGUGGCAUGGAUACUGAAUCAUGCUAGUUACACAAUAUGAUUUUAAUUUUUUUUCCAGUACCUGGUGGUACAUAGGAAAAGUUUUUGCGUGACCAGAUAACUAUGGUUGCUAUUUACCAAAUUUAUCAGAGGAAGAUCCUUUAUCCUUGGAGGCGAUCGUAAACGGUAUGAAACAGUGGAGUAGUACAACGUGUAUCACAUUUAAAGAAAGGACGGACGAGAAAGCCUUUAUUUACUUCUUCGUCGGAGGAAGCUGUUCUUCGGAAGUUGGUAGGACAGGAGAUAAGCAGUACGUUUCCCUCGCUCCGCAUUGCUGGACGGCUGGAGAGGUUGCACACGAAAUAGCUCAUGCACUGGGAUUUUAUCACGAGCAAUCACGACCUGAUCGUGACGAAUACGUCACCAUUAACUGGAACAACAUCGUUGAAGCCGAAAAGGUGAACUUUGCAAAGUAUGGGCCAUCGAGAAUAAAUACCCUUGGCGUCCCCUACGAUUACAGAAGUUUAAUGCAUCUCGACGAUAAAGCCUUCAGUAAAAAUGGCGAGCCCACGAUAGUACCCAAGCAAGCUGGGAUACAAAUUGGUCAACGGGAAAGUCCGAGUGCUUUGGAUAUCAAGCAAAUGAAUCUGCUGUAUAAAUGCAGUGGAGACUGUGUGGAUCGUAACCAAUACUGUCGACAGUGGGCCUCACAGGGUUACUGCUACUCUAAUCCUGAUUACAUGAUACCUAAUUGCAAAAGAAGCUGCGGAACCUGUUUUAGUCGAAAAAAAAUUCUUAUAUUGUACCUUGACUACGUAAGAAGUUGCUCUUAUGCCGGAUUUGACGUAAAUGAUGAACUGAAAUGA